CUGCCCGGCCCAGUGCCCCCCGAACGCAGCGGCGGCGCGACGCCUCCCCGAGAGCCCGCGACAUGCGUUGAGUCUCCCGCCACCCGACAACCACCGCCGUAUACAUGGACAACUCCUGCCUCCUCGACCUCCUCAUCAGGUGCUUCGCCAUGACCGAGCCCGAGGACCUCAACUUCACGGCCUUCACGGACCUCUGUCGACUGUGCUCCCUCAAGAGCGGACCCAGGCUGCACAUAUUCGACAAGGAAUCCGAGCAGAGGCAGAUCCUUUUCAAAAUGAGGACCUGCUUACCGACUAUGCAGAUAUCGAAGGACGACUUCCUGCCCAAGAAGAUCUGCGAGCGCUGCGUCACGAGAUUGGAACAAUUGUAUGAAUGGAGGCAGAGCUGCCUCAACACGGACUCGGUGUUGAGGAACUACGCGGAGUCUAUGAGGAUUGUCACUUCUACUAUAAACUUUCAGGACGGCACUGUUAACAUGGACAAAAUGACGGAAGCACAAAAAACGGCAUACUUAGAGGCACACGUAGCGGUACAACAACAUAUGGCUCAGGCCGCAGCUGCGGCUAGACGAGAACAACAACAACAACAGCAGCAACAUCAGCAACAGCAACAACAACAGCAGCAGCAGCAGCAGCAGCAACAGCAGCAGCAGCAGCAGCAACAACAACAGCAGCAGCAGCAGCAGCAGCAACAGCAACAACAACACCAACAACAACAACACCAGCAACAACAACAGCAACAGCAGCAGCAGCAACAACAACAACAACAACAAUCGAAUAAUUCUAAUAACAACUCACGUCAUCACCAAGACAUGCAACAGGCGCAGAGUAAUACACACCCUGGUCACCCAUCGCCACCGACCGUCAGUUCUACACAGCAUCACUACGCUACCAUCAACUCCCCCAUCAAGGUACCUCAAGUCAGUUCCAGUACUGGAGGUCCAGAUUCAACGUUCACAGUACCAGACGACGUUGGCAUGGGAUUUGAAGGCGGUGUUCGUGUUCUACAAAGCCUCGGAAAUUGGUCACCAGAAGUUACCAAUACGAUACCUAGGCCGAAUUUAAUACCGUUCACUGAACCGUACGCGGAAGGCGGAUCUAUGCAUCCAGGGACUCGUCUGAAAGCUCUCCAAGGAACCGCAAUCCGAAAACAUCCUGCCAUUAAACCUACCAGCUCUACGAAUGAAGGAAGCAAGGCAUUUGAAUGCACUGUCUGCGGUAAGGGAUUAGCGCGCAAAGACAAACUAACAAUACAUAUGAGGAUACAUACUGGUGAGAAGCCAUACGUCUGUGAAGUUUGUAAUAAAGCGUUUGCAAGAAGGGAUAAGUUAGUUCUUCAUAUGAACAAAUUGAAGCACAUCACUCCAUCAAAUAUAGCGCCAUUGGGUAAACGGACUAUUACAAUACCUCCUCUCAAGCUGGAUGACGUUAAGCCUCAACUAACCAAGCAAGAAGAUACUAAACCAAGUCAGGCCGAGAUCGCAGCUGUUGCUCAGCAGCAGCAGCAACAACAACAGCAGCAGCAGCAGCACUCCCAUCAGCAGUCGAUUCAGGUCUGCCAGGUACCUGGACACAACUUUACGAAUACUAAUCUAGUUCACACAAGCGCCUCAAGUGGCUCCGUGUCAGCGGCCACAGCAGGGAUGGUCGUGUCGUGGUCGUGUGAGCUCUGCGGAAGGUUAUUUGCUACCAGAGACGAGUGGAGUGCACACGCCAAGUCCCACCUGCCAGACAAUAAGCUCCUACAGGAUAAAAUGCAACAAGCUACACAGCAUCAGCAACAGGAAAAGCUUCAUUUAACGAAUCAGGAAAAACUACAGCUACUUCAUCAUCACAAUCAGAAUCAGCAGAUCUUGAAUAACCACGGCAUUGCUACCUCCGUAUCAUCUGCGACUGUUGUUAACGAAGGAGGAGGGGGUGGGGGAGGGGGAGCAUACUUCUCCCACGGUCACACACACUACGCACCAGAGAGGCAACAUACACACGCACAUCACCUUUGCCUGAUGUGUCGUCAAGAGUUCGCUGGUAAAGCAGAGUUUAUGUUCCAUGUUAGAGGACAUUUCGAAGGUAAAGUGAGCGAUAUAGCAGCAGCAGAUGUAUUGGCACGAUCGCUAGUGGAUAAUUCCGGUCUCUGCACCUGAACCGGAUCAACGGCCAUCGCAUUCCAAAACGAUGCUGGUGGGAACGUGUUGCAAGAUGACACGGUUAUGUUAACUUAUUGAGAUUUGAACGAUUUUCGUAGUUCAUCAAGUCUUUUGCCAUGGAAUAAAUUGGGGAAUUUUAAUUAAAACACAACUAAACAACAUUUAUAAGAGAACGUUUACUGCCCUAUGGGUGCCUUUUUAAAAUAACAUACGGUCAGGUAUUUCAAAGGUCAUCAUGACAGUAGGUUUUGCUAGGUGUCCUUAGUUUCUUAGUAGCUUGAGAGCAGAAAAAUGUACCGUGACUAUUAUUUAGUAAUAAUAAAAUAAAGUAACUUUAAUAUAUCUACAAGAAUUCUGUCUAAGUCUUUUAAAAUUCCUUCUGCUCUUCUUCACAACAUUUGCUUUCUGAGCCUUUAUCAGACGCGCCGUAAUAGGUAUUUCAAACUUACUUGAUUUUUUAUAUUUCUUCCGGUCAAUAUAUAUCUCUUAAGAUAAUAUAUUCAUAUAAAGACAAUCGCCAUCUUCCAAUAGACAUUUAAAUUUAAAGAAAAAUUAUUUUAA